GGCAGCACGUUACGGACCAACGUUAUAACUCGUUCCUGAAGAAUGCCAGUAUGACAUCUGUACAAAAUGAAAAACUUUUAGACUUUCUGGAGAGCCUGAACAUCACUAAAAAUCAAGUGUGUGAAGAUGAACUUACUUCAACUGUAACUUAUGUUGUUAAGGCCUGUCAUGUGCCUCCACUUCAGAACCCAAAUGUGCCUUACACUGCAUCAGACUUUGAGAGUGUUGCUAAUAAUGCUGAAAUUCAACUCAGUGUUAUUUUAAGAAUACUUGAUAGGAUAUAUUCUGCCAAGAAGGGAGGGCAGAAAUUUUCUCCUGUGUUUACAAGAAAUGUUGUGGUCAGUUGUUUUCUUGUUGCAUGUGAAUACAUUGAUGAGAAUUGGGAAUGGGGAAGUAAGAAAACAGCCAAUACAUCAGAAAGUGUCAUGAAUAAGUUAUGUGAAGUUUGCAACUGUAGAUCUGUACAAACAUUUCUCACUCACACAUCAACUGAUACUGCAGGUCGCUCAAGUACUGAAAAUGAUAUGAAUGCUGUUGAAAAAGAAAAGGAAGUUUUCUACUUAAAAUACAUUCUACAAAGACUGAGUGAAAUGUUGAACAAAAAUAACUGGAAAAUAUAUCCUGCUUUGAAGAUGUCAUACGUGUGGAUUCUGCAUAACAUAAGAAGGGAGCAUGUAGAAGAGCACCUGGUAUACCUGCUACCUCCUGCACUUUUUAUAGUGGAUGACUGGGAACAGCAAAACAAAGUCCUAGGACUUAAGUGUCUUCAUUAUAUAUUAGAAAUCACAACAGGCUCUGAACUCCGAUGGUAUGGACGAGCAGCAGUGAUAUAUAAUGCUCUUAAACCAAUACUCCAUUCAAGGGAGGCAGAGGUACUGGAGGUUUUAUAUCCAGCUAUCAUUAAAGUAGCUGUUGUCUUGGAUUCAGACCCAUCAAACACAGGACAGUUGAAAAAUGAAAACAUUCGUGAUGUCAUUUUACAACAAUUAUUACGAGAUAUGAGAUAUGAACAAAACUUGGCACUACGCUGUGUAUAUGCUAAUGAACUUCCACGUGUCUUGGCAGCUAUGGGUAUCUUUGCCAUUAGAUGGUCUCAAGACUUGAUGGAUGUAUGCACAGACUAUAUAGCAACGUAUGAUGGAGCAACAGCUUCGAGCAGAAUCAGUAUUUUAAGGGCCCUCCAAGUGUAUGUUCAAGAAUGUUGGCCCCAGGUUCACAUUGAUGCUUCGUCCAUGAUGCAGAUGGUUGUGCGUUUGCUGUAUGAUGUAACUGAUGAGGAUUCAGAUUACAGUCCUCAGACUCUCCAUAAUGUCACACAAGAGGCUGGAAUUUUAAUCAGCUUCCUGCACUCAGCUGUUCCCAAGACUUGUCAAGAGUUAUGUCAGGGAUUAGGUGAUAUCCCGGUACACCCUCAGUGCCAACUGCUGCUCAAGAAGAUAUUCAGUCCCUUAAUGAACUAAUGGGAGGGUAAUAAUAAAGUUGGAGAACAACAAAGGCAUUAUUUUUCUGUAGAUUUAAUUUGCUUGCUUUUAUUUUUUGAAGUGAUUGAGAAAAUGAAGAAUGGAAAGGCUGCUGGUAGCUCUUUAUUAGUUGCAGAAAUGUUGAAAUCACCCGACAUUGUUGACAUGAUAGUGACCGAGUUGAAUAAUUGAAUUAUGAUGGAAUGUAUUUCUCCAGUUGAAUGGCUGAAGAUCAUGAUUGUGAAAACUUACAAGGGAAAGGUGAUGCACUGGAAAGAAACUGUGGGAUAAUCCCAGGAAGGAACAUAAUAGAGGCAAUAUUUAUAGUUAGGGGUCGAGGAGUGUCUUCUUAAUCCCCUUCACUACGGGACACAACUUUUAAUAUUGUAUUUAGCUAACAUAAGAUGAUUUCAUUCAGCACAGGGGUCAAAGGGGUUAUGGCUUUAUAUGUGGGUUCAGGGACUUCUGAGAGUAAAUGGUGAGGAAUUUAAAGUAAACAGGACUCUAUCAAGGGUCUGUCUUUCGGACUGGUCUACUCUGGGAGUUGUUCUUUGUUGAUGACAUAAGUGUUGACAGCAGAUAGUAUUAAAUAGGUGGUGGAGAGUUUUAAGACAUGGUAGGAUAAAAUGCAGUCAAAGGGUAUAAGAGUGAAUCGGCAACAACAUAAGUAAUAAUUAACACAAUCAUGGUUGUGGACGCAACUGAUGUGUCUGAAAAGUAUUCUACGCUCACAGUCUUGUACUCACUAGUUGCAUCCUCAUGAUACAAAUAAUUGUAUUAAAAAAAGCUGUCCACUAUGGACGCACAAGUGAUCGCGGGCCCUUCGUGCCCGGUAAAAGUUUGAACGCUCGUGCUUAGCUAGCGAGCAACCGCCGUCCGGCUGACAGAGUACAGCGACAUUUUUUUCCAGCUUAAAUAAAAUGGUUAAUUAAUGCCUUCCUAAAGAAACCAUCGACAUGGGACCAGGUUUGUUCCACUCUACGAAUUUUUUGCGAUUUUUCCACCAAGUUUGAUGAAAAACCUUUGUGCCGUUUCGGCUGCCCAGAACAGACACACUGCUAUUCCUAUAGUAUAUUAGAUUACAGGUUGCGUCAUGAAGAUCCUUGGUAAAUGUAUCGAAUCUCUGGCACCCUUUUGGGCUGUCCCCAGAUAAUUUUAUUAAAAUUCAGUCUGGUCUGUGUCCUUGAGCAAUGGAUGUUGUGAGCGUGUGGACAUUUAAAGAAUGUCACUUUUCCCUCCCUUAGAUUAUGUGUGUGUGUGUGAAUAUGGUUUACUGUGCAUAUUGUGGAUAAUUGCUGGGAGUAUUUGGUGAUAUUUCCUUUAGUUUAGUAAAUAUUAUAACUCAUAUUUUAAAUAAACAUUGUUCUCACAA